AUGGAUAAAAUCAAACGAAAAUUAAGUUUCGAUUAUUCUGAUAAUAAAGAAAUAAAGCGAUUAGGAAGUAUUGAUGAGAGAAGAAUAUCAAUAAGUUUCAUUGAAAAUUUAUCCAAUGAUAUAUUCUAUGAAAUAUUCGAUUAUCUUGAUGGUAUUGACAUAUAUGAAGCAUUUUCAAAUCUUAAUUAUCGUUUUCAACAACUUCUCAAUGGUUCAUCUCUUCUAUUUAAAAUUAAACUUAAAUUACAAUCGAAUGAAUCAUAUAUGAACAUUUAUAAACAACUAAUACUUAUUAAUAGGCAUCAAAUAUUUUCAUUUCAUUUAGAUUUACCAUCGCAUUUAAAUCAAUUUGUUUCAUCAUUUAUUAUUGAUUCGUCGCUUAAACGUGUCGAAUCACUUGUUCUUGUACAAAUUAAAUCAAAUACACUUAUCUCACUGCUUAUUAAUUUAGCCUCUCUGCCUCGUCUUUUCUCCUUAACUAUUUACGCGAAGAAUGAUUUUAAAAAUUUAAAUCAUGUUUAUCAAUUGAUAUUUACCUUGCCUGUAUUAAAAUAUAAUAGGUUCAACUUAUAUGGCUGCAACAGAUCAAUUUCACUUCCGAUGGCUAUCGAGAGACAAUUGAGUAGUAUUGAACAUCUUGUUAUGAAUCAUUAUUUUACUUUCAAAGAACUUUAUGCUAUAAUAUCUUAUACACCUCAACUUUGUCAUCUGGAUCUUGGACAUCAAAAGAAGAGUGAUCCUACCAUUGAAGCCCUAUUACCAAUUAGAAAAUUAGAUUGCAAGUUGAAAGUUUUACGUUUUACUAGUGAAACUGAAUAUAUCGAUUAUCUUGAUGCUAACCGAUGGGAACGAUUAAUUUUACAAAACUUACCUCAGUUAGAAGACUUUUAUUUAAAAUAUUAUGUGCAACAUGAUGAUGUAUAUGAAUCUUCAAUAUAUCUUGAAGAUUGUAAUCAAUUCACUUCAUCAUUUUGGAUUGAACGAAAAUGGAUAUUUGAAGCUGAAAUCGGUUUUUACUUAACCGUAUAUUCAAUUCAACUAUACAAAGAAAGAUGGUAUGAUAUCAAUUUUACUACUGCACUUUCUAACUCUGCUCGAGUUACUCUUAUAUAUCUUCCUGAUAUUGAACGUCUAGAAUCAUUGAUUAUAGACAUUCGUGAUAUGUUAGCAGUGACACAGAUUUAUCAUUUGAAAAUUUAUUGCGAAGACGUCUUUUUUAUUGUAUUACUUGAAAUUAUAUAUAGAUUAUCUGAACUUGAUUCAUUACAAAUUCCAUCAUUGUCAUUAUCAUCAGAAAUACAUUUAACUAUGGAACAAAAAAAACGUCUCCUACCUACUAACAAUAAAAUUAGGAAAAUUUAUCUUGAAGAAAUGACUGAUAUCGAAGAAGUUAUUUUUCUUAUCACAUUUUGUCCUUAUGUGAAUGUUCUCCAAGUAAAUUGUGCUGAUAAUAUUGAUAUUGAAUUAUUUGUAAAAGAUAUUUUAACGAUUAACAAUGAGCGUAAUUAUUAUCUUCGCUCAUUAUGUUUCCAUGUUUCAACAGCAAAUGAAGAAAUGGUUAAAAAAUUAGAAGAAAUGAUUAAUUAUGAGAAACUACUUAUUCACUAUACAAUUAAACGUGUACGUGGUGAUAUCUAUUUGAAUUGGGAAUGA